AUGUUUUUCAGUAUAAGUGGAAAUGAUCUUAAAUAUACAUCAUUUGUUGGUAAACCAUUUGAAAUUUCAUAUAAAUAUGCUGAAGCAAUAGCUAAUCAAGUAGCACUAGCUAAUGGUCAAUCAAAAAUUGAAAAAGUUUAUUUUAUUGAAGAUAAUCCAGAUGUUGAUAUUGUUGGUGUAAAUAUGUAUAAUUAUUUAUUACAACAAAUGAUGAAUUUAAGAAUAAUAUGUACAGGUGUUUAUGAACCAAAUAAACAAAAACUUGAUGGCAAAAAUCCAUGGAAAUUACCAACAACAAUUAAACUUGAUGUUUUGGAAACUGUCAAAUAUAUUCUUCUAAAGGAAACGUGA